UAUUGAAUCAAAUGCAAAGUAAUUUAUAAAUAUAUUUUAUGUAAUGAAAGGUUUAAUAACAUUAAUAAUAUCAUUGGCACUAAUAGUGCAAUUAAUAUAUACGGAUAAUGAGUGUGGAAUCAGUCAUUAUAAAAACAGUACAACAAAUGGGAUGAUAGUUGGCGGCCGUGAGGCCGGUAAGGGUGAGUUCCCGUGGAUGGUAUCCGUCCAAUACAAACAAUCGCACAAUAGCUACAAACAUAUGUGUGGAGGAUCGGUGAUCAACAAAAAUUGGGUUUUAACUGCAGCCCACUGUCUAAUUGAUGAAUUUUUUAGACAACCAUUUAGAGAAGAUUCCGUACAAAUAGUGGCCGGUGCUCAUGAUAUCAACAUAUGGGAGACUGGGAUGUCUAUACAUUCAGUGCACAGUAUGGUUAUUAACGAAUACAAUAAAAACUAUCCUUUCGAUGACAUUGCAUUGAUUCGUGUGAAUGAAGAAUUCAAAUAUUCAGAGUCACAUUGGAUGGUCAACAGUAUCUGUUUACCCGAUGAGCACUACAAUGUCCACACUAUUGCCGACGCCGUAGCCAUUGGUUGGGGUCAAACAUCAACCGUAGGUCACGAUUCGCCAAUACUUUUGGCAGUAGAUUUGCCGAUAGUGUCCAGUGACAAACAGGAUAGAUGUGCUUAUAAAUAUGGAUUUAAACAUUUCAGGGACAGUGUAUUUUGUGCCGGUGCUCAACAUGGAAAGGAUACCUGUCAUGGUGAUUCUGGUGGUCCACUCAUACAAAUUGUUAAUAACAGAUCAAUAGUUGUGGGAAUCACUAGUUUUGGUUCAUCAAUAGGAUGUGGUGCUAAAGGCAUUCCCGGCGUAUACACUGAUGUAAGUAAAUAUCUAAAUUGGAUUCAUCAACAUAUUAUUGAUCACUAA